GGAAAUCUUAUUUUGGACAUCGAAAAAAUGAUGCGAGGAGCGCCGGUUAUCGUGUUAAAUGGAAAUAUCAAAAGAGAACAAGGAAAGAAAGUCCAGUUAGGCAAUGUUACCGCUGCUAAGACAAUCGCGGACGUCAUUAGAACAUGCUUGGGCCCGAGAGCCAUGUUGAAGAUGUUGAUGGAUCCAAUGGGCGGCAUAGUUAUGACGAAUGACGGAAACGCCAUCUUGCGAGAGAUUACAGUUCAGCACCCGGCUGCAAAGUCUAUGAUUGAAAUUGCUAGAACUCAAGAUGAAGAAGUUGGAGAUGGAACAACGUCUGUUAUUAUUCUUGCUGGAGAAACGCUGUCUAUGGCAGGACCCUUUCUUGAACAAAAAAUGCACCCAACGGUUAUUGUCUCGGCUUAUCGUCAAGCCCUAGAUGACAUUAUAAGUCUGCUCAGAGACAAGAUCUCUGUACCAGUUGACGUAACAAAUAAGGAUGAAAUGAAGAAAAUAAUCAACAGUUGCAUUGGAACAAAAUUUAUGAGUAAUUGGUCUGACUUGGCUUGCGACAUUGCAUUAGAUGCCACUAGCAAGGUAGCUCUUACCGAAAAUGGUCGAAGGGAAAUCGAUAUUAAGAGAUAUGCAAAAGUUGAGAAGCUACCGGGUGGUAGUAUUGAAGAUUCGGAAGUGCUAAAUGGUGUAAUGAUAAAUAAAGACGUCACCCACCCACGUAUGAGAAGACGUAUAGAAAAUCCUAGAAUUAUGCUACUUGAUUGCAAUUUGGAAUACAAAAAAGGAGAAAGUCAAACGGCUUUAGAAAUCUCUAAGGAAGCGGAUUUUACUCGUAUUUUGCAAUUAGAGGAGGAGUAUAUUAAACAGAUCUGUGACGACAUAAUUGCUCUGAAACCAGAUUUAGUUAUAACUGAGAAAGGAGUUUCGGAUUUGGCACAACAUUUCUUGGCCAAAGCCGACAUCAGUGUAAUCAGAAGGUUACGUAAAACCGACAACAAUAGAGUAGCCAGAGCCGUUGGAGCUAACAUUCUCUCUAGAACCGACGAAGUUAAAGAGGAGGACAUUGGAAAGGGCUGCGGCUUAUUUGAAAUUAAAAAAAUAGGAGACGAUUAUUACACUUUUAUUGUCGAUUGUAAAGAUCCCAAGGCCUGUACUAUUCUCUUACGUGGAGCUUCGAAAGAUAUCUUGAACGAGGUGGAGAGAAACUUACAAGACGCCAUGAAUGUUGCUAGGAAUGUCAUGAUUGAUCCUCGCUUAGUUCCCGGUGGUGGUGCCGGAGAAAUGGCUCUGUCGCAACUGCUGACUGAAAAGGCUAAGUCUAUCACUGAUGUUAAGCAAUGGCCAUACAAGGCAAUUGCGAAAGCAUUAGAGGUUAUUCCUAGAACCUUAAUUCAAAACUGCGGAGCCAACACAAUCCGUACACUGACAACUCUAAGGGCUAAACACGCAGCUGGAGGGUCAACCUGGGGUAUUGACGGAGAGAAAGGAGUUUUGGUAGACAUGAAGGAGCUUGGCGUUUGGGAACCAUUUUCUGUUAAGGCUCAAACGUACAAAACUGCUAUUGAAACUGCCAUUCUUCUCUUACGUAUUGAUGAUAUCGUCUCCGGAACAAAGAAGGCUGGUGCUCAACAGGAAGCUCCAGCUCCUCAGGGAGGUCAGCCACCCAUGGAAAAUUAA